UCGGAGCCCUAACCCCACUUCGGCAGUGACACUCAGCUGACAGUUAUUUCAGCUGGGUUUCCAGAAACAUUGCGCCUUUUCUCUGAAACCAUGGACUCCAGAAGGAAAUCAUCCACUUCAUCCCGGUCCCGAAGUGGCUCUGUAGGAAAAAUAUCAUCCAGAUCAAGCCACAGUUCCCUGGAAGCGAAGAACUCCGCUAAUGGCGGAUCUAACUACGGCGAAAUCCACAAACUGGAUGAGGAAUUGAUGGGGAAACUCAAGGAGUUUCCCGAGGUGCUAGAACUGGUCCAGAAAAUGCAGCGCAUCAUCCAGAAGCAAGUGAAGAAAAUCAUCAAGUGGAAGUUGAAGUACAAGCAGAUGAGCGAGAGAAAGACCCGUCAUGCCUCCACUCAAACCCAUUUCUCAAGCGGCCUGACUGAAACGACCUCAACCAAUGGACAGAAAGAGCCAAAAAGCCUGGCUGAAGAUAUAAAAGAAGCUGCGGAGCAAGCAGUGCAGUCCUCUGGGUUUGUUUACGAAGAAACCUCUGGUCUCUACUACGACUACACGAGCGGCUAUUACUACAACGCUGAAUACGGUCUGUAUUACGAUGCCUCAUCAGGGACUUAUUUGAACUACAACCAGGAGACGAAGACGUAUGAGUAUCAUUCGCAAGUCACUCCCGCUGAACCCGCUAAAGAUUCUGUAUGUCUAAGCAGAAAAAAGCGACGAGCGAAAAAUAAAAAGAAAGCAAAAGAGCCCAAGCGACCGAGGUUUGACGAGUUUGGGAUCGAUUUUGAAGAGGGCGAGUGUUCGGACAGUUCGGCCACUUUUGAGGACGACGAAUGCGUUUCUGACUCAAGUGAUGUGUCCAAGCAGUAUCCACCCUGCAUGCGCAUGAUAGUGGAAUCAACAGAAAUCCCCAAGAUAAAAGUCGGGUCGCUUUUCAUCGUCACUUGCGAUGGAGGCACGAUUGGGCGCGAAGGGAACCACUCGGUUCUGCUGCCCGACAUCAACGUCAGCAAGCAUCACCUGAAGCUAUUCUACAAUGAGGACACUUCCACCUAUUCCAUUGUGGAUCUGGGUUCGAGAAACGGCACCCUGUUGAACGGCAAGCGAUUGGCCAGUUCGAAGCAGGAAAGCGACCCAGCGGAGGUGCCACAUGGCAGCAAACUGCAGCUGGGUUCCACCACUUUGCUUUGCCAUGUGCAUGAAGGAAGUCAGACUUGCGGGCACUGCGAGCCGGGGCUGUUAAUCGAGGAACCCAAAGAUCCGCCAGUGCCGAUAAGCGGCAGUAAGAAGAGCAUCAGCCAGCAGUUCAAGAGCGAGUUAAGGAGACUGAGGAAGCAGCACGGAUUCUUGGGGUCCAAUGAAGACCCUUCUAGGUUGCGGGAAGGGUACACGGAUCGGGCGGAGAGGCGGCGCAACGAAGUGGGCAGUCAGAAUCCCUAUGAAAAGACCAAAGCCGCCUCCUUAGAUGAAUCAAUCACCUCCGAGAACAAAGGCUUUAAACUGCUUUCCAAGAUGGGGUGGAAAGAGGGAGAAUCCCUGGGAAAAGAUGGAACUGGCCGCAUUGAACCAGUUAAGGUGGUAUCAAAUGCCGGUACAGCAGGAAUGGGGGCUGCAGUGGAAGUGCCUCUGGUCGUGCCAAAGAAUCCGAAGCAUCAGAUUUGGAUGAAGACGCAGGAGCGUUUCAACAAGUUGCCCGAAGAAAACCCGUUGGACGAGCCCGUGGAUUUAGAUCAAUGAUUUUAGCAGCCAAAUUUUAGCAUUUAGUUGGAUAUUUACCAAGUCUGUUGCGAGUCGUUGAAAGAAAGUGUUUUACAAAGUUGCCUUUGAAUGUUGAAGAACUGGAAUUGCGUCAUCCAUAACCGUCGGGCGAAUUUGGGCGCUCGUUUACUGUUCGCCCGUGGAUAGUCGUGGUGUUUUCGUAUUGAGCAAUCAUUAAUUCUGUUAAUCGAAAAUGAUAAUUUUAAUUCA